GGACCUGGCAGCAGCAUGAGGAGGUGGUACAGGGGCCCAUGACAGAUUACGGGCCUGGCAGCAGCAUGAGGAGUUGGUACGGGGGCCCAUGGCAGAUUACGGGCCUGGCAGCAGCAAUGGGAGGCCGUACAGGGACCCAUGACACACUCUGGACCUGGCAGCAGCAUGAGGAGGCGGUACAGGGGCCCAUGACAGAUUACGGGCCUGGCAGCAUCAUGAGGAAAAGACUGCUGACGGAAUCCGUGAAGAGGAGUAGCACGAGAAGGAGCAUUUGAACGAGCGGAAUAUGCCAACAAGCGACAACAGGGGCCCAUGACAGAUUACGGGCCUGGCAGCAGCAUGAGGA